AUGGCAGAAUGGUUGAAAUCAGUUGGUACUGUCGUCAGCUACUUUUUCUCUGGAGAUAAUGUAAGUUUUUUGGAAAUAUUUCUAGUGGAUAUGAUAUAAUAUGGUGAUUUUUCAGUCAACUACUAAGAAAGUCGAAGUUCCACAAAAACCAAAGGAAGACGAAACCGAGGAAAACGAUUUCGGAUUCGAACAUUUGGAUUUAGAAGAAAGAAUGGAGCAAAAAAGAAAGUUGGAACAGGAAAGAAAACAAAGAGAAGAACUAGCUAGACAAGACUUCACCAGAAGGUACGGUAAAAAUUUUGCCGAUAUUCGAUGAAAAAAUAACAUGAAUCAUUUGUAUGAUGAAAUUAUGCAAUUUUCAUAGAAGUGGCGCGCCAAAUUCUUUUGAUUACGGCACUCUUUCAGCACCGCCGCGUCUAAUUUUGAAGCGCCGAGGCGUCAAUUUUUGAAGCGCCGAUGCAAAAAAAUGCUGGUUUUCUCAAGGAAAAACAUUAUCUUAAAUAAUUUUAACUAUGCUGGCAAAACCAAUGGUUUUUCCAGCAUUUUACUACUGAUAGUCCGCCCGCUUCUGUCAGCCUUGUUCCGAUUUUGAAAUUUCAAAAAUUAUUUGAUUCUACCAGAAAAACAAUUUUUCCCAAAUCCUACAAAAUAAUUUCAACAAAAUAGUAAUUUUUACAGAUUGCGGUUUGAAUUCAAACCAAGAUUGGACAACAACAACUAA